GUUUAGCCCUACUCAGAACACAAAUAGAAUUUCUUCUAUUCCAGUGUAAUAAAUAAGAGUGCUUAAAAAGCAGAUCCUGAAACUAUCACUCUGAAACUAUCACUCUUCAGUCUUUUGAUCCAGAAACAAAAAAAUGGAGACUCAACCCUGUAACGUUCUUCCUCAUGUGAUUCUACUUUCCUUUCCUGCACAAGGUCAUAUCAGUCCAUUGCUCAGGCUUGGCAAAAUAUUUGCUUCCAAGGGCAUGAUGGUUACUCUUACAGCACCCAAUAAAGACGGGAUCGCUGAAAAGAUCCGAAUCUCCGACAAAACAAUCUCCUCCGAGGAACCAACUUCCUACGGUGACGGGAAGAUCAGGUUCGAGUUCUUCGCCGACGAAGCUCAGGGUAUCACGGUUCCCGAACAGUACAUGGAAAAUCUGGAGAGAAUCGGGAAGAGGAAACUGACGGAGAUGAUCCGGGAAAGCGCCGAACAGGGCCGCCCUGUUUGUUGCCUGAUCUACAGCUGCUUCAUUCCUUGGGUUGCUGAUUUAGGCGAGUCCCUCGGAAUCCCUUCUGCUCCGUUGUGGGUUCAGUCCGCUGCCAGUUUCUCUGCUUAUUACCAUUAUCACCACAAGCUUGUUCCUUUUCCCACUGAAUCUGAACCCGAAUUGGAUGUCCAGUUGCCCUGUAUGCCUGUUUUGAAGCCUUAUGAAAUCCCCAGCUUCUUGCAUCCUCAAUCUCAGUUUCCAGCCCUGACUGAUUCGAUAUUGAGCAUAUUUAAGAACUUGAACAAGAAUUGCUGUGUACUAAUGGAGUCAUUCCAGGAGCUGGAAUCUGAGGUGAUCAAUUACAUGUCCAAACUCUGCCCCAUCAAGCCAAUUGGUCCCCUGUUUCUCUACUCCACGAAUAUUGCUUCAACAUCAUCAGCUAAUGUCAGUGUCAACGGUUACAUAACCGACGACUGCAAAGAAUGGCUGGACUCGAAACCGGCCAACUCGGUUGUCUACGUAUCAUUUGGCAGUGGUGAUGGUGUGAAGCCGGAACAGGGGGACGAGCUCGCGUACGGGCUUCUGAAUUCCGGCGUGUCAUUCUUGUGGGUGAUUAGGCCGCCAAAGUCAGAUCUUCUUCCAAAAGGGUUCUUAGAGAAAGCCGGGGAGAAGGGUAAAAUAGUGCAAUGGAGCAACCAGAAACAAGUCUUGGAUCAUCCUUCAGUUGCUUGUUUCUUGACUCACUGCGGAUGGAAUUCGACGAUGGAGACGCUUUCCUCCGGGGUGCCGGUUUUGUGUUUUCCGAUAAUGGGUGAACAGGUGACUGAUGCAAAGUAUUUGGUUGAUGAGUUCAGAGUUGGGCUUAGACUGUCUAGAGGUGAUUUUGAUAAAACAAUUAUUACCAGAGAUGAAAUCGAGAAAUGCUUGAGGGAAGCCACGGCUGGUCCGAAAGCCGCCGAGCUGAAGCAGAAUGCGAUGAAGUACAAGAAGGCGGCGGAGGACGCGGUGGCAGAAGGUGGCUCAUCCCAUUUGACUUUGCUUGAAUUUCUCGAUGAGUUGAAAGUUGAGGUUCCCGGUGAGGUAAAAAGCACCGCGAAAGAAAAUACAGUAUGAUUUGGUGUGAAAGUGCAGUUGUAAUUAAAAUAAAUAUUCUAGAAAAGAAUCACCCGACUCGAAUCCGAAGUAGAUUCAUGCGCUAGCUUAAAUAUUAUCUUAUCAUUUUGCGUAUCAAAAUUCUAUGUUUCGAAUUAGAAUUCAAUAACAAUAACAAGUGGUCUGGUGGCCUUUAUGGUGGAGUCGGUAGCCUCUGCGGAAAACUUUUUUCUUCCCAUUUUCUUUUUGGUACAAAGAAGCCAACAUCUCAGAUUAAUACACUGCUUGGGUGAACAACGCCGAUUACGUUGAUAAUGGUGAAAGAUUUGUAGCAUGAAGUUCUGUUCCCGGGCUGAGUUGCAUUGUGCUGCGGAAAAAUAAAGACAAUGGCAAGCUAUAUGCAGUUACCAUCGGCUGAAAACUCAAAAGUUUACUGAAUUGUCUGACCAGUUCAGCUUUAGUUUUGUUACACAUUCAUUACAGUAUUAAAUGACCAGUUCAUGUAAACUAUAUUCAUUUCACAAAUUCACUGAUGGGUCUAAUUCAGUUCAUGGGGACCUUCCAUAGACGUUGUUGAUCUCUAAGAAAACUUAUAAUUUAAGCUUACUGCCUUCGUUUGAUUGCCUUUCUGCAAUCAAUAUGCAUGUACCUUCGCAAGAUGAUAAACACUUUCAGUAGUUCUUUAAUCUUUACUACUUAUAAUCUCCCCGGCCCUCUAUCAGUUGUCUAUUUCAGAUUUUCAGCUACUCUGCCAGUCAAAC